UCCAACUCACCAGAUCAACGGGAUUGAUCAGAUGAGUGAGUGAGUGCAUGUCGUGGCCUUCAAGUCUCCCCCGUGAUUCCUCCAGAUGGACUGGCCGCCCGCCUGCCCUUUACUAAUACACCCGAGUAGUAGUGGUACCUCAAUAAGUGAGUGAGUGAGCGAGUGAAUGGCGUGUGCGUGAAUGUUUUGCUUACAUACAUGCAUGCAUCCUUGCAUCCUCGAGCAACUCUGACAGUUCUGACGAGCCUUCCCGACUUCCCGCGUCCUGGCUCCGUGUUCCCCGUUCCCUGUUCCUUGUUCCUUUGUGCCCUGGACCGCCCGAGGGAGGAUUGGGACUCAGGCGGCGGAAGAAGACCGCGUGCAAAGUGGGUGGGUUAGCAUCCUCAUGGUCAGUGAAUGAAGUCGGCCCCACCCGCCCUUGGAUCCCAUACCAUUGGGAGCCCGCCCCCUGGGCUGAGGGUUUUGAGGUGGCCGUGAGCUCACUGUGCGGACUGGAAUCGUGAUUGAUGGGUGUCAGUGCGGGACAUGCGACACAUCGGACGAAUCCUCCCUCCCUCGAGCAGCCCUGACCCGCCCAUCCCCCGCCCUGGCCCCCGACGACCAUGGGUUUGCUGCCUUUGGAGUUCAAGGAGUGUCUCCAGGAUUCGCCCUACUUCCGGGACUCGCUCCAUUCCCAUGAGAAGGAGCUCGAGCGAACCUCGCUGGCCAUCAAGGAUCUGAUCAAGGACGUCAAAACAUUGCUCAACCAUGCCAAAACCUUAUCUCAAUCCCAAAGGCGACUCUCCCAAAGACUGGUCGACUUCAAGUUCGAAUGCAUCGGGAAUCGUCAAACAGACGAUGAAAUCGUCAUUGCCGGAUCCCUCAGAGAAUUCGGAAAGCUCAUCGCUGCCAUUGAGGACGAAAAAGACCGAAUGCUUGAUCGAGCUUAUGAGCAAUUCAUCGAGCCUUUGGAGCGUUUCCGUCGCGAACAAAUUGGUGCGGUUAAAGAGCGGAAGAAGAAAUUCGAGAAACAGACCGCCAAGUUUUGUGCUAGUCAAGAACGAUAUUUGGGCUUGUCCACCAAGAAACAGGACACCACUCUCAAGGAGGCGGAUGCCACCCUGGAAAUGGAGCAACGGGACUUCAUCCGAGCCGGAUUGGAGUACGUGUGUCUGAUCCAAGAGGUCCAGGAGCGCAAAAAGUUUGAGUUCGUCGAAACGCUCCUUGGCUUUAUGUAUGGAUGGUUGACCUUCUACCAUCAAGGGUACGAAGUGGCCAAGGAUUUCAAUCCACACAUGCUGGAUCUCCAGACCAGAAUUCAAAAAACACGAGAGAAUUACAAUGCUAGUCGCGAAGAUAUCCAGGCCCUCAUGCGCCGAAUGUUGGAAGUUCGAAAUGCAAAGCCCAUCGAUCCGGGCACUCUCAACAAGAUGUUCACCAGAACGGGUUAUUUGUUCCUCAUGGAGAAGAAGGCCUUGGGAUCGUCGUGGAACAAGUACUAUUGCCACUAUCAAAAGGAUGGCAGAGUCUUCUGCAUGAUCCCCUACAAUCAAACCACACCAAAAAUCGUUUCCAACGAUACGUUCGUCCUGAAGGCCUGCAUCAAACGCAUUUCUGAUUCCAUUGAUAAACGAUUCUGCUUCGAUAUCAUCCCGGAGGAAAGGCCGGGUGUGGUGUAUACGUUUCAAGCGCUCUCUGAAGACGAUCUCCAAUUGUGGUUGGACGCCAUGGAUGGUAAAGAACCAAUGUAUGAGCAUCCGCCCCGACCAUCCGAUGCUAAUCAAACCUAUUUAGACGAAGUCGGGUUCACUUUCGUACAAAGGUGCUUCCAAGUCCUGGAAUGCAGAGGUCUAGAAGAGCAGGGACUCUACAGGGUGGUGGGUGUGUCUUCGAAAGUGACAAAGCUCCUCACUAUGGGCUUGGACCGACGAAAGUCUGAGAAACUAAAUUUAGAGGAUAAGAUGGAAUGGGAGUCCAAGACCAUCACAUCUGCUAUCAAAACGUUUUUUAGGAAUCUACCGGAACCAAUCAUGAGCUAUCGUUUCCAUUCCCAAUUCAUUGGGGCCGCAAAAUUGGAUACCUAUGAAGAGAGGGUAGCGGAAGUCCAACGACUGGUUGAACAGUUACCGGAGCCCAAUAAGCGAAUGCUCGAACUUCUUUUGGACCAUCUGGAAAAGGUGGCCUUGAAGUGCAACAAGAAUAUGAUGACGGUCUCCAAUCUUGGAGUGUGCUUUGGUCCGACUCUUCUGAAGGCCGAGGAAGAGACCGUGGCCGCCAUCAUGGACAUUAAAUUUGGUAAUGUGAUGGUCGAGAUUCUCAUUGAAAAUUGGAGACAGAUCCUCUGUGGAGAGCCUCCGCGGCCAAGUCCUUCGAGAAGGUUGUCGUACGGAUCCUCUCCCAAGAGCAAGUCUCCCCAUUCCCCCAAUUCCAGUGGCCUUACCGUGCUCCCUGUGGGCUCCAACACCACCAGUCCCACUGGGAACAACACUAGUUCCCGAUUGACCACGCCUCCGCAACGCCCACAAAGGCCACCACCGCCUUACUUUGAUCCCCCACCUCCACCGGGGGGUGGCUCGGCAGGCGCUGGGGCUGCCGGGGCAGCUGGUAUGGUGGGGAAUGUGGCCACAUUGGCACACGCUGUGAUAUACAAUAAUGGUCCUAAACAGGCAAUGGUCACGAACAAAUCUCCGCCCGCCCAUUCCCCGCCCCUUCCACCCGCCGCCAUGAAUCCUCCCUCGUACGCCACAUGGGAGCGUACGCACAGCGGGGCGAGUCUACGCGGGGCGCCCUCCACAUCCAAUCUAGUGGCGCCGCCUAUGGGCUCAGCCCCCUCCAUGUCCCAACAGCAACGGGGUGGUAUCCACUCCUCGCUCUCUAACCUCUCUGGGACACCUUCGAAGCAAUCUUCCAAUGCAGAAGAGGCCAGUCCCACUAACGCUAAUCCUGGUCCCUGGUACCGGCAAUUGCCCCAGGCCGGUUUAGUGCAAUCCAGUAAAAACGCGCUGCUACACAGACAACUCUCCGUGGGUCAAUCCAGUCUCAGUGGAACGGAAGACCUUGGUGCUUCCCAGGGAACGGGUCCUUCCCCAUCACAGGCCUCGCCCAGACCUAGCUCGUAUCCCCAUCCACCCCCACGCACUAGCCGAACAAACAUUCCACCACGAUCCAGUCAGGGGAGUUCCUCCUCUUCCAUUGAGUCCUUGACCUCGGGGUCAAGUAAGGGCUUGUCUUCCGUCACUUAUCCCACACAUCGUGGCAGUGAAUCAGGGGCUUCUCAUCCGGGUCAAAGGUCGCCCCUCGCUGCGCCGCGACACUCAUUAACAGGCACCAUCAGUGCCCCUCCGAGUGGCAGCAGCUAUUCGACCUCUCCUAGCUCUCAUUCUCCCAAAACGGGUCAAUCAGAUCUGCCAGUGGCGCCGCCCCGGGCAUCUAUUGGGCAAUCGGCAGAUGGGCCUCCCCGGAACGUCCGUACUCUUUACGCUUGUGUGGCAGAACACGAAACUGAGCUCUCUUUUGAACCCAAUCAAAUCAUUGUCAAUGUUCGGCCCUCCUUGGAACCGGGUUGGUUGGAAGGCACUCUUGAAGGAAAAUUUGGCUUGGUACCUGAGAAUUAUGUGGAAUUCAUCUCCUAAUAGAAAUAGCCUAAACCAAGAACAUGCAUCCAACUGAACACUCUAAAUGCUACUAUCACUAUGAAAACGACAACCACUACUUCGAUUAUUAUGAUCAUCAAUGCUAUUAUUACUACUACUACUACUACUACCACUACUACUACUACUACUACCACUACUACUACUACUACUACUACUACUACUACUACUACUACCACUCUUACCACUACUACUACUAUUACUAUUACUAUCAUCAUUACUCCUACUUCAAGCAACAUGAACACAAUAAGACAAAAGGUUAAAAUUUAUAAAUACUCAUGGAUGCCGUUGUUGAAACAAGAACGAGAAGAAAAGCUCCUUGGUCACACUGAAGUUGCGGCAACUAGGCUUGCUUGAGAAGAUGUCGCUCUAAAUCUGACCGUUGAAGGUCCUCUAUUACGUCGAUCUCUAAUGAUGAAACGUUUAGUACGAUCUAAGUCGGUCAGGUUGGCAUUGAAACGUUUUAAUCGGUUCAAGAAUUGUUCCUAAAUUUCCUAUAUCGUAAAACUGAAAGAUGUGUAUCCCUCCCUUUUGUAAUAUUCAACAUUAAUUUAAAGCUGAAUCUCUCCCUGCCCGAAUAUACCUCUUCCCAAAAUUCCCCCCGUAUACACAAAUUGCACAUUUAUGUCCGUUUCUUUGUCCAAACUUCCAGCUGAUAUAUGCUUAGGAGAUAUUUUGUCACCAUUGAAUUAAUCGUCAACGAUGAAUCCGCGUUACCUCGAAACUGGGAAACUCUUUGUUUUUACCAUAAACCGUAUGUUCUAUGAUGCAAAUUUAAGUUAAAUAAACCAUGUAUGGGAAA